AUGAACGAAAAGCACGAAUAUUCAAAUAUAAAGCCUCUGGACUUUGGGGCAACUGCAGUCCCCGAAGUUGAUUCAGGAAAAGUCACCCUGAAUAUCCGGGAGGUUGAGGAUGAGCCUGGUGGCACUCCCUCGCCUGAAGAAUUCUCUAUAAUUUCACCAUUUCCAGGCUCUAUGGAGCAACCAGUUUCCGGGGUGGAGGUUGUUGAACAACUUGAGUGUUACGAUGUAGUUGUCGCUGGCGCCGGGCCUGCUGGCCUCUUGCUCGCUUCUCUUCUGGCACGCUACGGAUUCACCGAAAAAACCUCUCUCUUAUGCAUUGACCCUCGAUUACAUGUACGAUCCGCGGGGCACGCAGAUGGACUUCAUGCUCGCUCUUUAGAGAUGUUCAAAGUACUGGGACUUUACGAAGAGCUUAUGAAAGUAUCUACUGAAGUCGGCGAGAGAGCCCGUUGGGCAGAGGUUCCUUCCUCCUGCCAGGAGCCUGAAUCUCUUCCCGCGUCCACGCCAAACAACUCCAGGAUGAAACGUGUUAUGCGGCAAAGGCUCGCUAUUGCACCCAACGCACGGAUGAAGCAGCUCUUAAGUAUUCAACAGGGUCAGAUUGAGCGGAUCUUGGAGGAAGAUCUCAAAAGCAAUGCCCCGGAAGCACUUUGUCGCGGGCCCCAUGUUAUCGAAUCAUGUAUAGACGAGACUGUUCCAAGUCACCCGGUACUGAUCACUAUCGGGGAUGAUUCAGGAACCCAAACGACCUCCCGGAAGAUCAGGUGCAAAUAUCUUGUCGGUGCAGACGGUGCCCACUCAACGGUCCGGAAAAACUUCUAUAUCGCCAUGGAAGGUGACUCAACUGAUCAUGUCUGGGGCGUCAUUGACUUUGUCGCCGAUACUGACUUUCCUGACAUUAGGAGACUCACAACAGUACAGAAUAAUUCUGGUAUGGCGAUGAUCAUUCCACGAGAGAGGAAUACUGACGGAGAAUGGCUUACCCGAUUCUACGUGGAUAUGAAUGACAUCGAGUUGAAAAGCCAACAAUCUUCAUACACGACGCACGGAGUAGGCCAUCCAGAUGCUAAAAGCGUUUUCAUUAUCAACCAGAACAGAAAGUCGAGCAUCAAGGAUGAUUGUAUUUAUCAACGCCUAGCCGAAAUAUUUGCUCCUUUCCAAAUGACGCUCAAAAAAGGCACGGAGACCGACUGGUCCACUGCAUACGCAAUUGGGCAACGUGUCGCAUCUGAUUUCGCAAAGGCAGACUCCAACGGCAUUCCUAGAGUUUUCUUAGUAGGAGAUGGUAACCCCAAACUCGGCCAGGGCAUGAAUGUCAGCAUGGCGGACUCAUUCAAUCUAGCCUGGAAGCUCACGCAUGCCGUGUUUGGAACCGCUGCUAAUUCUACCAGCUUGCUCCAAAGCUACGUCUCAGAGCGCCGGCUUAUCGCUCAGCAACUGGUUGAGCUUGAUCGUCGAUGGUACAGCAUGCAAUGGGCGGAUAGCGAAAGGAAGAAGCAGCCUGGCUACCAAGAAGAAUGCACUAAGCUUUACCAGGACAUCUCGGGGUUCACUAGCGGCUGUGGAAUUGAGUAUGCCGAGUCUGUCGUGGUGGUCAAACCAGCGCAGACCGGCAUGAUCAAGCCAGGCAAGCGGCUCGUGAACAUACGCAUGCUGCGUCUUGCAGAUGGUUGUCAAUGGGAUAUCCAUGACAGCUUGGCUCCCGAUGCUGGUAGCUUUAAAGUGGUCAUAUUAUGCGGGCGCGAUAUCCUUAGCCCGGCGAGUGACUCUGCCAAAGCUAUUCAGAUUGUCCUCGAGCGAGUUGUUCCCAAAUUCUCCAUAGCCCUGUUGAAGACUUCUGUGGUCACUCCUGAGAUGGUUCACGCGCCUACUGGACCUUCAGAGCAGCUCUUUGAAAUGUCGGAAUAUGAUCUUUGGGGGCUGCUUCCCAGUUGUACGAAGCGAGAUGCAGAAAUGACUACCUACGCUCUUUCUGAUACGGGGUAUAAUACUUACGGCAUCGAUCCCAAUAUGGGAGCCGUGGCUGUUGUCCGACCGGAUGGAAUUGUCGGGACUGUCAUACCUCUGGAUUCUCGGGUCAUUGAGGCUCAACUGAAAUACUUCCUUGAGGCCAUAUUUGUUGCAAAAUAA